UUCAUUUUACAAAAUGAAUCCUUGUCUUUUUUUACUUUUCUCACUUCUCUUGCUCCUUGUGACUAAAACUGCUAGCCAAUUGGGAGGCGAUUAUAGAAAUGGUGUUACGAACAAGUGUUUGCAUAAGGAGAGGCUUGAUCUCCUUCUUUUCAAAGCUUCCCUUCAUGACCCCAAUGAUACUCUCUCUACAUGGAGAUCUGACGAACAUGAUUGUUGUAAUUGGAAAGGAGUCACGUGCAACAACCAAACAUGUCAUGUCAUAGGGCUUGAUAUUUCCGGCUCUAGUCUUGGAGGACUAUGUGGACCUCCUCUUACCGAAAAAUGUCCCGGGGCUGAAGAUUUAAAAGUACCACCCGUCGUUGGAGAAAGUGAGGGUGAUGCAGAAGGCGUAGAUGAAGUUUGGGGAUGGUUCUAUAUUGGUGGGGGGACUAGUUUUGCUACUGGAUUUUGGAUAACAUGUGGGGUUUUACUUGUGAACCGUCGUGGAAGACAUGUUUUUUUUUCAAUGUUAUGAUAACUUCAAAGCUUGGGUCUAUAUGUAGGUGGUGGUGUUAAUUUCAAAUUUGCAAAAGGCUAGAGAGACGUAAAUUUCUCUCUAUUUUUUAGUAUAUAAUGUAAUUUGACAGGGGUUCUAAGUCCCCGGUAUCAAUAAAUUUGUCACUAACACGAUGGGUGGCCAUUUUCCCCGUGUUGUAUGA